CUUAGCUUCCCAACCCUGGUGAAUAUUGCAACAAAAGCAACAAAAUAAAUGUAAUAGUUAAUUUAUGCCAAAUGUAUUUUGCUUUUUUCCAAUUUUCGAAGUGUAUUUAUUUAUUUAUUUUUUCUAAUUGUUCAACAAGUGUUAUCGUAGUUGAUAAUUUUCAUUAAAUUCAAUUGCUAGAUAUGAUAGUUCUGUAGAUUUCUGGAAAACAGCCGGUGACCGUUAGACGGUUAGAAACACAACGCGUGGUUAAAUGAGAUUUGUUUAUAUUUAUGUGAUAUUUUCAAAAUGUUCAUUUUCUCAGUGAUAUAAUUCUAUACUGCCUGAAAUAGAAAUAUAAUCGGAAAUUUGUAUUAUUAAUUAUCAUUACUAUUAAGUAAUAAAUUCUGCAAACAUUUAGUGAUAAUAAAACUAGAUGGUAUGGAAUACAAUUAUUUUGCUGGAUGUCCACGAUUCACAUCUAUGAAUGAUGAUUAUUCAUAUGAUAGUGAAAGUGAUAUAUCUUUAGACGAUUCGGACAAUACAUGCGAAUCAAUUUCCGAAUUUGAUUCAAUGGAGAAAGUGGAGAAAGUUUAUGUUUGCGAUUAUGACAAAAUUUAUAUUUCCAUUUAUGAUGAUAUCGAAAAGUAUAGAGCUUUAAAGCAAUCAAAGAAAAAAAAUACUUCUUCAAAUUGGAACGAUGUUAAUGUUAUUUUACCUGAUGGAACAAAAACAAAUAUUAAAAAUGCGCCAGAAAUUCUUUAUAAAAAUUUUAAUGGUACAAUUAGACCUUCUGAGCAAGUAGAAAAUGAUGUUGAUGAUGUCAUCCAAGCGAAACCAAUUGUCGUUACAAAUAAUCAUAAUACUCCAUCCGCGAAAGAAAAGAAUGAAAUUAAUUCAUCGAAAAAAGAAACUCUACCCAAUAAAGAAAUAAAAGUUGAAAAAUUGUCCAAAAAGAAAUUAAAGAAACAACGACAGAAAGAAAAGAAGGAGAAACAAAAUCAAGUUGAAAAAACUAAAGAUGUAAAAAUUGAGAAAUCAGAGGAAGUUAAUAAAACAAAUUCUAAAACAAAUCAUAAGUCGAAGGAUAAUUGUAAAAAUGAAGACGAUCACGAUGGACCAAUUAGCAAUAACAACAACAACAACAACAAUAAUAAUAAUAAUAAAUCGAAAAAUAACUCUAGUGUUGAUAGUGAAAAAACUGUUACCGAAAUGGAAGAAACUGACGAUACUGGUGACGAACAAAAUUUAUUGGAUGAAAAUACGGCUUUUAUUAGCAAUGCAUUGAAAAAAUCGGAAAAAAAAGAAUCUGCAAAGGGAAAGAAAAAUGUUGAUUCAAAGGCAGAGAAGAAUAAAAAAUCAACAAUUAAACCAACUUUACCGAAGGAGAAUAAUACUGUUAAGAAAGAUAUUCCUAAACCUGUACCUUUACUUAGUCUACCGAUGAACUUACCGAGCACAAGUGGACUUCAAUCAAACUCAUCAGGAAUGAAGAAGUCAAAACUCACUGCAAAUGAUUAUAAAGAAUCGAUAGCUCUAGGAAAAAAAGCAGUUGCUUUCCUUAUGGCAAACGAAAUUAAGAAAGCAAUUCAAUUUUUAAACGAAUCCAUAAAUUUAAAUGGUCACGAAUUAAGACAUUAUCUAAACAGAAGUUUUUGCUUCUUACGAUUAGGUGAAUAUAGAAAGUCUUUAAAAGAUUCCGAAUUUGUCAUAAUGACAACUAAUGAUAGUGAAUUAUUAGUAACAGCAAAAUUUCGCGCUGGUCAAGCGUACUGUGGAUUGCAAAAUUUUAAAGAGGCCGAAAAAAAUCUAAAUGAAGCUCAUAAUCUUCAUCCAACGAAUUCGGCUAUUUUUGAGGAAUUGCUGCGUGUUAAAGUGUUACAAUUAUUAUCAAUGGGUUUUCGAGAAAGAGAUAUAUUAGAGAUACUUUAUCAAUGUCCUUCUGUCGAGGGUGCUGUUUCAUUAUUAGCUGAGAAAACACAAACGGAAGAAUGUAAUGAUUUUAUUAUUAAAAACGAGGACGAGAUUGAUAUAUAUAACUCAGAUGACGAGGAUAGUCCUUGUCUAACUCGAAUGUUUCGUAAAUUAUCAAAUUAUCAGCAAAGUUUUAUAAAAAAAGUGACUUUACCAUCACCUAGUCCUGCAAAAACUAUUCCUCAGCCUCUGAAAGUUCCAAUUAUCAAAACAGUAGCUGCGAUUCACCCAAAAUUGCCUCCCUCUAAAGAUGUGAAUGACAAAGCAAUUUGGAUUGGAAAUACAACUUCAAGUAUAACUGAUGCAUCUAUAAAGAAGGUUUUUUCCAGGUUUGGAAAAAUUGACUCAAUAUAUAGAAAGCCGAAUGAAAAUUACACUUUUAUAAAUUUCAAAGAUUCAACAUCGGUGAGGGAUUUAUUAUCAGCAAAUCAAUAUGUUGAAGUUGAUAAUUUCAAAUUGCCAAUUAAAUCUGCAACUCGCAAGUAAAGAGAAAAGAAAAUUUUUCAGUUUUGCAAAACAAACAAAAAAAUUUGCAAAAUUCCAAACAUUUUUCUUUUGCGUCUUUAAAAUCGUUUUCUUUAAAUUUACUACUAACAUUAAAAGUUAAUUUCUCUAACUUUAACAAUUUAUAUGAUGCAGUCGUUCUUGUUUAUCAAUAAUUUAAUGACUCUUCAAUAACAUUCAUUGUGAGAUUCAUACAAAUGAUAAAACCUUUUUUCAUUUGUCGAUAUUAUUCAGUAUUUGUUAAUAUUUCUCUUUUUCCAUUUCUUCAGUAUUGAAUUAAUUAUAUAAACAAACUGCCGAAUUUUAAUCAUAAAACAUGAGCAAGAUAAAAAUGAUUAUUGUAAUGAGUACCAAUUUAUUCAUAUAAACACAUAUUUAUAAAUAAUGCUCAAAAAAAAGAGGAUGUUCGAUUGUAAAACUUAAUUCUGACUGACUAACUGAAUAGUUUUCCAUUACACAUAAUAUUAAACAUUUUUCUACGGGUUGUUAUUAAUAUUUGCUCUUUUGCAUAAAAAAAAAGUGUGCGUAAAAUUUCUCUGCAGUUUUAUUUUUUUAAACAAGCAAACCUCUUUGUAAACUUUCAAGAAUGAAGUGAAUUUAUUUUCAAUAAAUAAGAAUUUAUAGAAGAUAAGAAAUAACACAUAAGGGAGUAAAGAAAAUGUAUUCCAAGAGUUUUAUACUUAAAUAAUAGUUAAGUUUAAGAAAUUUUUUAUAUACCGAUUAACAAGUGAUAAUAAAUUUUACUUUUUCUUCAAAA